AUCGUAAACCAUCUCCAUCUCGCUCUUUCUGCUUAUUUAUUGGUGCAAUCUGAAAUCAUUGUUCCUUCUCUCUCUUCUCUCACACUCUCUCUCUCUCAUGGAGUUCACCGUGGAAUUUGAGCUCCAUUACGGCAUAUAAGAGCCUAUUCAGUUCAGUAUAAAUGCUUAAGGUUUUCGCAUUUCAACAGUAGCAGAGCUUUUGACGCAAGCUUUGGCGCUUUUCCUUCUUCUUCAAGUAACAUUGGCCGGAAUUAGGGAUGACCUUUAGUGGAUGCUGAUAAGACUUCAAGUUAUGUUGAUUGCCAAUUCUGAGGCCUGAUUUUGACUUGGACAAUUUAUAGUCUGUUCUAAUGUCGAGAAUAGGAAAGUGGAAGACUGAAAAGACAAAGGUCAAAGUUGUUUUCCGGUUGCAAUUCCAUGCCACCCAUGUUCCUCAACCAGGAUGGGACAAGUUGUUUGUGUCUUUUAUACCUGCAGAAACCGGAAAAGUAGCGGCAAAGACAACAAAAGUACCUGUUCGUAAUGGGAGCUGCAAGUGGUCUGAUCCCAUUUAUGAAACAACUAGGCUUCUUCUGGAUAGUAAAACCAGAAAAUAUGAUGAGAAGUUGUAUAAGCUUGUGGUAGCCAUGGGUUCUUCUCGAUCUAGCAUCCUCGGGGAGGCAAAUAUAAACCUUGCCGACUAUGCUGAUGCUUCAAAGCCUUCAUCUGUUUCACUGCUUCUCCAAGGCUGUGACUGUGGGACUCUUUUGCAUGUUACAGUCCAGCUGCUCACCUCUAAAACCGGGUUUAGAGAAUUUGAGCAGCAAAGAGAAACCACUGAGAAGGGCUUUCGGAUGCUUACUGGCCAGAAUAGUUCUGAAGAGUUUGAUGGUAAAGGGUUAGCUCCCGUGGAGAUGGACAAUGAUCAAACAGAUAAGGUGGCCUCGAAAGUUCGGUUCAAGUCAAGCUUCAUAGGGCUUCCAGCCCUCAAUGAGGGAGCUGAAUCAAAAGAAGAUUGUACAGAUUCAGCAGCAGGGAUCGAUGGUUCAUCAUACACUUCUGAAAGUGUAUCUGCUGAACCUGAAAAGCAAGAGAUCUCUAGUGCUAAAGAUAAUGAUAGCACAAUGUCCAGUGAACUUGGAGGUACUCUUAACCAAAGUCCUGAUCCUAUAAAUUCAGACAAAAGUUGUCAUCAACAACUUGUAGCACAAGGGAGCAAUGAUUGGACUCAUGGAUGGAGUUCAGAUUAUUCUAUGGACAAUGAUUUAGCUGUUGCUUAUGAGGAAAAUGGUAGACUGAGGGGGUGUUUGGAAGCUGCCGAGUCAUCUAUUUUAGAGUUGAAGGCAGAAGUAAGCUUAUUAAGAAAGCAAGCAGAUGAAUUUGGGGAAGAAACUGAAUCAUUUGCACAACGAAUUAUUAAGGAGGUUGCAUCAGGAGAAGAACUGUCAAAAGAAGUAGCUGCAUUAAAAUCAGAAUGUGUGGAACUCAAGGAUGCAUUUGAGAAACUCAAAAGUUCCAACGGAAACUUGCAUAUUAUGGACAAGGCCAAUGAAUCAUUUCAUAGCAGCUCUAGUGCUGAGAAUCUGUCUUCAAAUGAUGACUGCAAAGUGUUUGAACCCAUUUGUUUGGAUUCCAAGCUUGAAAAGAGUGCCUAUCAAAAAGGCCAAAACAACUUAAUUCCUGAUUUUGAACUCAAUUGGAUACAGGGUCUAUCACUUUUGCAGGACAAAAUAAGUGAAAUGAAAGCGAAGACAUAUUCUUUGAAAAAUGAGAAAGACUUGGGGUGUAUUCAAAUUGACCUAGAGUCUUUGGAGCGUGUUUUUGAGAAUUUUAAACAAGGAACGGCAAAAGCUCCCUCUGCAGUUGGAGAAUCCCAGACACUAAUGGAAAAUGAUAUUGGUCUGAAUCUGAAGCUUGAAGAAAAGAAUCAUGAGCUUUCGGGUGAGCUUGAUGAGUCCAAAGCUGAGCGCGAAAGACUUGCAAAGAAAAUGGUAGAGAUGGAGUGCUAUUAUGAAUCCCUUGUACAGGCGUUGGAGGAAAGCCAAAAGCAACUGCAAGAAGAGUUGCACAGACUUGGAAAUGAGCACCGAACUUGCUUUUACACCAUCUCUUCAUAUGAAACUCAAGUAGAAAGGAUGCGUCAGGACUUGAAUGAUCAGAUUAUAAGGUUCACAAAAGAUAGGCAUGAGUUGGACUCACUUAAUAUUGAGCUUGAGAAAAGGGCUAUAAACUCAGAAACAGCUUUAAGAAGUCUUAGAUGGAAUUACUCUAUCGCAGUAGAUCAGCUUCAAAAAGAUCUUGAGCUACUUUCCUUACAGGUAGUAUCUAUGUUUGAGACAAAUCAAAACCUCGCUAGACAAGCUUUUGAGGAAGCAUCACAAGUUUGUCUGAAGGAGUAUUUGGAAGAGCAUUCAACGGAGGUAACUCCGUCAUUGUUGAAGGAUGACUCGGAAAUUUCAGUCUUGAAAGAGAAGUGCAAGACAAGGAUGAAAGGAGUUCCAUCUGGGUUUCUUGUAUCAGGAAGAAAAGCGCUUGACUUCACAGUGAAUGUUACUGUACACAAAGAGGACUCUGUUGCGAAAGGUACAGGCAAUGGAGACAUUCAUGGCUUUAAUGGUGAUCAUAGUAUCCUUGUAGGAGAUCAAGAGCAUGAAGGUUUGAAGGAUGGAGAAGAACCUAGGCAUGUUAGCAAGGAUGCCCCAGAACCAGAAGCCGUCAAUUCUCAGGAAUAUAAUGCAGCUGAAAUACUGAAGUAUGGAAACGAGAACUUGAAACUUAAGAAACUUUUGUCUGAGCAAGAGGCCAUUAUUAAAGACAUGAAAGCUUCACUAUGUUAUCAGGAGAAGCUCCAUCAAGGUGCGGAGGACGAACUCUUGGAGUUGCAUUUCCAGUGCUUGCAUUUCAAUAUCUAUGCAAAUGUUUUGGAAGAAACCCUUCGUGAAACAAAUGCUUUGAUUAUGCUCAUGAAGGUGAAGCAGGAAGAGCUCACGGGACAGCUAAACCAUUCUACUGAGAUUAAGGAGAAAUUAAUGCUCAAGUUGCAAGGAGCUUUGGAUGAUGUGAAAGUCCUCCAGAAACAUGAGGUAAGUUACACCAAAAAAUGUGAAGAAUUGGCCUUGAAAAACCAUGUACUGGAAAGACAGUUUCAAGAUCUUUCUGAUGAUAAUCAUCUCCUGUCUCAAAAGGUCAAUGAUUCUGAAAAAAUGAUAAUUGACUUGACUGGUUACAAGAGCAAGUAUGAUUCGUGCAACAAAAAAUUGAUUGAGCUGGAAUCCUUGAUUGAAAAGGCUAACCAAGAGAGAACUAGCUUGCAGAAUGAAAUUGAGUUGUUAAGUGGAAACCUGAGAAGCAUGAAAUUACAAUCAGAUAAAAAGAUAGGUGAAUCUGAAAGAUUAAUCAUGGAAUUGACUGUUUACAAGAGCAAGUAUGAGUCUUGCAACAAAAAAUUGAUGGAUCUUGAAUCCUUGUCUGGAAAGGAAUACCAAGUAAAAACUAGCCUACAUAGAGAAAUCAACUUGCUAAAUGAAAAGAUGAGAAGCAUGAAUAUCGAAUCUGAUAAACAGAUAGCUGAACUGGAGAAAACAAUUGCUUUUGCCCAUAAUAAAUUGGAGAGUCUAAUUGCUAACCCACUUUUCCAUGAUGAAAGAAUCAAUGGAUCAGCACAUAUUGGCAAAGAUGAACUGCAUGGCAUGGAACAUGAUGGACUAAUGCAAACUAUCUUGUAUUUUGAAGUGCUUCAAAACAAAGCACAUCAAACAAUGAUUCAGCUCCACCAGGAAAAUGGCGCAGUCAAGGAACACGGUGAUAUUGCUCAUGGGUCGUUAAAAGACAUGGAGAUACAGAUUUCUUCUUUGAAAGACCGUUAUGAAUCUGAUACUAAGAGUUUGAUGGUUGAGUUGAGUACCUCCAAAGCGCAGAUAGGAAGACUUGAUAAAGAAAUACAAGAUGUCACUGGUAAACUCAGGAUCAGCUCAGAAGCUAAUGAAAUGCUCAUGCAGGAGAAUGAAGCGUUGUCCUCAAAACUCUUCCAGAUGGAAAUUGAGUUGCAAAAUACUAUGGAUGAAAAUGAUGUGCUUGCCCAAAAGAAUGGGGAUAUUCAAAGUUCUAGCGAGGAACUUGAGCAAACUAAAUCAGUUGUAAAUGAUUACAUGGUAGAGAAUACAUCAUUGAGGCAUCUCCUCCACGUUUGCAAUGUGGAAUCUGCCCAGAAAGAAGAGGAGCUUAAUUGUUUGAAAGAAAAGCUAAAAUGCAUUCAUGAUGAAUUGGAAACUGUUCGGCAAUCCGAGGAAAAGUUAGAGGCUGAAGUUGAAACGCUUACUUCUGAAUUGAAAGAGUGUCAUGAAAAAUUGCUAUCUUCCAGUUUGCAAGAUGCGGAAUUAAUUCUGGUCAAGCAACAAUUGCAAGUUCAGGAGUUUGAAAAUUCAAAGCUCAGGGAUUUGUCACUUCAUUUGACCCAAAGCCAAAGUAAGGUGAACGAAGAGGCAUCAAACCUCUGCCUCCAAGUUCAUGACCUGGAAUGUCAUUUGGCUUCUGUUCUUGAAGCAUGGUUAGCUGCUGAUGUUGAAGUCAAUUUUAUGAAAAAUCAGUUUGAAAUCAGAAUGGUAGAGCUCGUUGACAGCCUUAAAUCUUUGGAAAAGUGUCAAGAUGAGCUUUCUAUGAAGCGUGAUGAUGCAGUUAUUGCUCUAAAGGAUUGUUUGGAAAGAGAAAAUAUGUGUGUACAAGACAAACAAAGUUUGAUGGCAGAGCUCACUUCCCUGAGAUCAGAGCUAGAACAUGUUCGUACUGUGAAGAAUGAUCUUUUGGAACAAAUCAAUCUCCAGAAGGCACAUUGGGUGAAGCUUGAGAUUAGCGACAGUCCGAAGAAGCUCAAGCUUGAAGUAGAGAAUGAACAGUUGAAAAGCACACUGGCGAGUUUUGAAGAAGAGUUGGACAAUCUGAGGUCCUCAAAGGAGGAACUUGAACUUACAAGUCUAGUGCUUCAAUCAAAGUUGGUGGAACAAAAUUCCCAAGUAGCUCACCUGAGUGUUUAUGGUGAUGAGCUAAUGAAAUUGCGUAACCAGAACAGUGAGCUUUCUCUUAAGCUCUCAGAUCAGGUUAUGAAAACAGAAGAAUUCAGAAACCUGUCAAUUCAUCUAAGAGAGCUCAAAGAAAAAGCAGAUGCUGAAUUGUCUCAAAUUAAUGAGAAGAAGAGGGAAGUGGAAGGGCCAUCAGUUGCAAUGCAAGAGUCAUUACGUGUUGCUUUUAUUAGAGAGCAAUGUGAGACCAAAAUACAGGAGCUGAAGGGUCAAUUGUUUGUGUCCAAGAAACAUGGGGAGGAGUUGUUACUGAAGCUGCAAAAUGCAGUCGAAGAACUGGAGAGUAGAAAGAAGAGUGAGGCAUCUCAUGUGAGGAGAAAUGAGGAGUUAUCAGUGAAGGUUUUAGAAUUGGAGGCUGAGCUUCAGAAUGUAAUUAGCAGCAUGAGAGAAAAGACCAGUGACUACGACAGAAUGAAGGCUGAAUUAGAAUGUACCAUGUUGAGUCUUGAUUGUUGUAGAGAAGAAAAGCAAAAGGUUGAAGGUUCUUUAGAAGAAUGCAAUAAGGAGAAGAUCAAUGCCGUAAUGGAACUCGACACUAUGAAGGAGCAGCAGAGAAGCCUUCAAUUGACCUCAAAACCUGUGGAACAAGACAGUCAGGAGCCCGGUGUCCUCCAAUUGAGGUUGGACAAGGAAUUUUCUUGGAGAUUUUCGGAUAUCGGGAUUAAUAAUGUUUUGAGAGGUGAUAACUCCCUUCAGGAAGGUAGAAUCAGAUCAGUUCAUCUAAAUGAAGACAAGGAGGAGGAAGGUCCAAAGUUAUUUGAUAGAUCUCUUUCCUGGAGCCCCUCAUGCAGGCCAAAGGCCACCGAAAAUUUAGUUCUCAGUGCUGACAUGCAAAUAGAGAAUGAGACUGUAUCUGAAAGAGGGUUGCUUGAAACUUCACAACAAAUUCUCGUGGAAAAGGAUGGGCAGCUGCAGAGUGACAUGAAGCUUUUAGCGAGUAUCAGUGGUCGUUUCAGGGAGGACUGUUUAAGUUCUAGCAUGGAUCGCCUUAAUAAAGAGCUGGAAAAGAUGAAAAAUGAGAACUUGGAUAAUUCUCCAGAAAGUGAUUAUCUUCAUGAACCAAGUUUUGAAGCCUUACUUCAAAGAGAAACGCUGCAACUCCAUAUGGCGAAUAAACAGCUGGGAAACAUAUUUCCUCGGUAUAAUGAAUAUCCGAGGGGUGGAAAUGCACUGGAAAGGGUACUUGCAUUAGAAGUUGAGCUUGCAGAAGCAUUGCAGAAAAAGAAAUCCAAGAUGUUUCAAAGUUCAUUCCUGAAACAGCACAAUGAUGAGGAAGCAGUGUUCCAGAGCUUCAGGGACAUCAAUGAAUUGAUCAAAGAUAUGCUGGAAUUGAAGAGAAGGCACACGGAUGUUGAGAGAGAAUUGAAGGAAAUGCAUGAUCGCUACUCCCAACUUAGUCUCCAGUUUGCCGAGGUGGAGGGAGAGAGGCAGAAACUGGUUAUGACCAUUAAGAAUAGAAGAGCAAGCAAAAGGACGUAAUCCUAAUCGAUGCCAUCUAAACGGCCUUCAAAAAUGGGGACUCAUGGCCAACCUCCAUUUUGGAACAGUACUAAACUGGCCCAAAUACAGUUAAGGCAUUAUAUGGAUGCUAAGAAGUCUGCACAGGCCUCUCUCUCUCUCUCUCUCUCUCCCUCUCUCAAAAGAAAUGAAGUACAUCAGUGGAUCACAAGCCCCAAUAGGCCCGUGGAAUAUCUGUAAAUAAGGGGGCCAUGAGGUUUGUUCCAGUCCCUAAACAUAGAGAUAUGCAGUACCGUGUAAAUAAUGAAACAAAAUGUUGUUUCUUCAAAGAUGGCUUAAAACUGCAAUGUGCGUUUUGUUUUAAGGACUUCUCUUGCUCUGUAUAGCCAACAUUCAGGAUUUUUGCUUUAAUCUAUUUGGACUUUGAAGGACUUAUCUGCAAUGUAUGCGGGCGCAAUGUAUGUGGGAGCAAUUGAGUUA